UUUAGGGAUAGGUGCAAUGAGUGUGCUUCAUCUAUCCCUAAAUGGUACUGGUUAAUGUAUGUACUUUAGCCCCAUCAUUCCUUAUUUCAGUAUGAUAUCAUCUGUGAUGUUUCAUUUGUAGUACACAAUAAAAGAUAAGAAAUAUAAUUUAUGUUUGUAAUUUAUUUUUCCUUUGGAUCAAUGACCACUAUUUUCAAAAUAUUAAAAUUAAUUAGAUAAUGCAAAUUACAUGUAGAUUUGAUUGUUUACUGUUUUAGUAUAAAUUCAAGUAGACCAAAUAAAUAAGUCAAGUGAAAUAUUGUCAAGUUGAAAUAUUUUUGCAAUUAAAAGUAAAGACCUAAACAUGUAUACUACUUACUCGUAAAACUGUUAUAAAUUUAAAUGGAAAAGUUUUCAAAAAAUGAAUUAAUAAAGAACUGUGAAAAAUAUCAGUCCAAGUUACAAAGAUAUGAAGUUCGAUUUGCAGCACUGGUUGAUGCUUACAAAAAUCUAACAGAAGAAAAGAAUGUUCUUGAAUCUACUUUAAAAACAUUGUCUGCUAAACCUUCUCCAAAGAAAUGUUUGUUAAAGAAAUCAUCCAUUGCAAGCAAUUUUUCUGACCCACUUGGUGUUAGUUCUGAUAACCUCAAUGGAAGUUCUGACAACACUAUUGAGGAUGAAGCGACACAAGAUAUUGCAGAAGAAAAAAUAGCUGCAUUAAGCAGUGCUCUGCAAUCAGUCACUGAAGCCAAGGCUAAAAUGGAAGCAUCUUUUCAGGCAGACAAAAAAUUAACUUUGGCUGAACAUACAAACAGGUUAUCUGAAGUUGAGCUUGAAACGCAAAAGGCUUACAAUCAAGUCAAUGAAUUAAAACUUAAGCUGCGCACUGAACAACAAGAACGUGAAAAAGAACAGGAAGUAUACAGUUCAAUGCUAAAGGAGCUGCAAUCUUUGCUUAAUGUUGAAAAGCUUGAAAAAGAACAAUUACGAAUGCAAUUAAGUGAGGUAAACACUACUUUGAAAAAAAGUCAAAAACAAGUUUGUGAUUAUGAAGAAAAAAUACAAAAGCUAACAGUGGAUUUUAAAAAUAUCCAGUAUAUAGAAGACAAUAUGGGGGAUCGUACUUUAAAAAAUACUCUUAACGAUCUAGCAAAACAAUUAGAGCUAAUAAAGAAAGAAAAAGCUGAAGAUUUGUCUGUUGAAAAACAAAGAGCUAAUAAGGCUGAAGACAUGCUUAAACUGAGGCAGCAGCUUGAUGAGAAAAGAAUUGCAGAGCUUGAACUCAGAAUAUCUGAGCUGUCUGAAGCUGUAGGUAACUAUGAUCAAAUACAUCAACAGGAUCAACAGAUAAUUUGCCAGCUUAGAGAGCGCUUAGAAACUUUAAAUGACAAGAAUCCGAGUUACCAUAGUGAUGAAAAAAAGAUUAUUGAACUAGAGGAGCAAAUUGUGAGACUAAAAAGUUUGUUAAAAUCAUCAAGUGUGAAAUCUCAAACAGAAAUUUUAGAUAUUGAAGAUAAUUUUAAAGAAGACACUAAACUUCUUUUAUGCCAAACUGAGUAUAAGCAGUUAAAGGAUGAAUUUGAACUUUAUAAAAAAAAGCAAAGCCUUUCUUCUCAUCCCUCUAAAGAUAAAAACGAUGAACUUUUGCAAAAAAUUGUUGAAUAUAAAAAAAAAAUAGAUUAUUUAGAAAGUAACAAUGAACAAUUAGUGUUGAAAAACAACCUAGAAGAAAAAGAACAUUUGAGAAUCGUUUCAACACUUCAAAUUCAAUUUACAAAGUUAGAAGAAGAUUGUUUACAAAAAAUUGAACAGUUAAAAGUGGAGCAUUUAAAGAACAUUGAGUUAAUUGAAAAUGAAUUAAAAAAACAGCGCAUCAGAACUUUAGAUUUGCUUGCAGAGAAAGAUAUUGAAAUAGAUCGGUUACGUGAAAAGCAGUAUGAAAAUGAAUAUUUACUUCAGCAGACACCCAAGUCUCAAGAAGUUUUUAAGUUUCCUGAGUUUAAGGAAAAAUCGGUUAUUGAUGAAAUGCUGCAAAAUUCACCAACAAUGUCACCAACAAAACGUGCAACAAUGGUUCAUUAUACAGAGCUUUUGGAACAGCAAAGGAUUGACCUAUCAUCUUACAGAGCUCAACUUGAAGAUGUAAAAAAUGCUUUAAAAGAUUCUGAGCGAAGAGAAGACCAGUUAGUUCAGCAGAUGCAUUUGUUAAAAGAAGAGAUAAGAUCUCUGGAAAGAAGCAGAUCACGAGAAUCGGCUAAUCUAGAGUACUUGAAAAAUAUUUGUUUGCAGUAUAUGUUAAGUGAUUGUCCAUCAAAGAGAAAACAAAUGGCACGUGCUAUAGCAACUAUACUUUACUUUAGUCCAAGCGAGAUUGCCACAAUAGAUACUCAGUUAAAAAAUGGAUGGUAGAAUUUGAUUUACAAAAAAUGAAUGAUAAAAUUUGGUUUGCAAAAAAUGGAUGGUAAAAUUUGGUUCGAAAUCAACUCAUUAAUUGAUUUUUAUAAUUAAAUUAUUUAUUUUUUUGGUUCUUUUUGACGACAAUAUAAAAUAAAAACUA